CAGAUGGUGAAGAUGGCCUUCGUUUUUCUGCAGUGAUCAGCAGUUUGUACAGUUUGGUGCAGCCUACAGAAAGUGAAAGUAUCAGAGGAGAGUCUGCGGUAUAAAAGCCCAGCACGUCUUUGUUUGCUGUCCAGUAAGACCUUCAACAUCUUCAGGCUGAGAUCUGCAUCUCUCACACAUAAGAAAUCAGAAACACCAGACGCCCAAAUUACAUCUUGGACAAUCUUGUGACUAAACCCAGAACGUACAUAUAAAAAUGAGUUGGAGUGAUAUCUUCUACCCUGGAAAUCCUCAAAGAAGAGAGGAUCUUAUUCGUAGAAGUCAAGAUCUCAGAAACCUGAUGGAAAGUAAUUUCCGAGCCACCAACAGACUCAUUGAUGUUUUAAAUGAGCACUUAGGAUAUUCCUUCAGUAAAAUCACCCUGGAUGAGAAAGCUGAUGUUAAGCAUAACUGUGAUACAAUAAUUGGGUGCAUGCGGGAGAUCCAGGCUGCUGUGGAGAAGAUUGACAAGAAGCUGAAAGACAAACUGGAGCCUCACUUGUAUGAGAAGCUGAAGAAAUUUGAUCUGAAGAGUCUGAGCGCCUUUGAUCACUCAAAUAUUGCAAGCAUUGUACUGGGAGUUACUGGAGCUGGAACCACUGCUGUAGUCUGUUCGCUAAUGAAAUGUGGAACUAUCCUGGAAAACAUUGUAUUAAAACACGGUUUGCUUAAAUCAUCGAUAGUUGCAGGUGUUGUGAUCGGGGUGGUGUUCUUGGGGAUUGAUAUGAUUAUUGGGGCUAUAAUGGGGAGCUACGAGCGUAAUCAGCUUGAAGAUGCCCUGAAAGAAUAUGACAGAGUUUUAAAAGAAUUCAAACCAGCAUCAGAAAAAUAUCAGGAUAGCAUAUUCGAAGUCAUGGCAGAAAUUAAAAUGAUUAAAAAGUCUUAGAUUCUAAUCUGUUUCUCACCUAUUGAAUUGAGGGUGAAAUCCCAGGUUACUUCCAUAUUCCACGAUGCUAUUUUAAACAGAAAUGGCGAUUUCUUGUCUGUCAGAAAUGUUUGCUGAAAUAACAAUGAUCAAUAUGUAUGAUUACAAGAAAUUCUUAGAUACUAAAAUAAGAGAAUGUGUUCUUUAUUUUAUGCAUUUAAUAAAAUCACUUUAAAUUCUA